CGUGGUUUUAGAUUGUGCUGAUUUUGGCUUAAAUAAUAUUUGUGUGUUUGUUGUAUUCCUGCGCAUUACAGAGGAAAGAUAUACAUGUCAUGAUGGUUAACGCGACAUUUGGAAUACACACCCUUGUCGUUGCUUUACUCUUCUUUUGUUUGUAUUUUGUUAGCGGGGAUAUAAGCUACUCUUUUACAGAGGAAAUGCGACACGGGACUGUGAUCGGAAAUAUCGCCAAAGACCUCGGCAUCGACGCAAAUACACUAUCUCUUCGAAAGGCUCGUAUUGAUACUGAAGGAAGCGACAAACGAUUCUGUGAAAUAAACCUCCGUAACGGAGAUCUGAUUGUUGCCGAAAGGAUUGACAGAGAGGGCCUGUGUGGAGACAAAGCAUCCUGCGUUUUAAAACAAGAACUCAUGUUGGAAAAUCCAUUAGAACUGCAGCGAAUCAGCCUACAUGUCCAGGAUAUAAAUGACAACUCCCCACAGUUUGAUAAGAAUUUGAUCCAUAUAGAUAUUAGAGAAUCUGCGUCAAAAGGUGCUCGUUUUCCAAUAGAAGAAGCGCACGAUGCCGACAUAGGUAAAAAUUCAGUUCAAUCAUACAACCUACAGACGAAUGAAAAUUUUUUCCUUGGAGUUGGAACCAAUUCUGUGGAACUUGUUCUUAACAAAGAGCUCGAUCGUGAAACAUUACAAGAAAUUAAUCUACUUCUGACCGCUUUAGAUGGUGGUUCCCCUCAAAGAUCAGGUACCGUGGUCAUUCACAUUACUGUUUUGGACGCUAAUGAUAACGUGCCAGUGUUUAGCCAGGCCGUUUAUAAAGCCAGUCUGUCAGAAAACUCUCCCAUGGGUACUGUUGUGCUGACAGUAAAAGCAAAUGAUGCAGAUGAUGGACUAAAUGGAGAAGUUACAUAUGAUUUUGGACACGUUUCAGAAGACGUUAAGUCAAUAUUUGCCAUAGAUUAUAAAACAGGGGAUAUAAAAUUGUCCGCCACAGUUGAUUAUGAAACAGUGAGAUCGUUUGAGCUUCGCAUAACUGCGAAAGAUGGUUUAGGAUUAACUUCCUAUGCUAAAGUCAUAAUAGAUGUUACUGAUGUGAAUGACAACCCACCUGUAAUAUAUCUAAAGUCACUGUCGAACCCCAUACCCGAACACUUGUCACCUGGUACAGAGGUGGGCAUCAUUAACGUGCAGGACAGAGAUUCGGAGAAUAACCGACAGGUCCGCUGCUCCAUCCAGCAGGGUGUCCCCUUUAAGUUGGUUCCUUCUAUUAAAAACUAUUAUUCUCUGGUGACCACAGGACAACUGGACCGCGAACUAGUGUCUGAUUACAACAUUACAAUCACUGCCACUGACGAGGGCUCUCCACCUCUGUCGUCGACUAAAAGUGUUCAGUUAUCUGUAGCUGACAUCAACGACAACCCACCUGUGUUUGAUGAGCAGUCGUACAGCGCAUAUGUGAGUGAGAAUAACAAACCUGGCUCCACCUUAUGUUCCGUUAGUGCUCGAGACCCCGACUGGAGACAGAACGGUACAGUGGUUUAUUCUCUGUUAGCUGGUGAGGUGAACGGUGCCCCGGUGUCCUCCUAUCUGUCUUUGAACGGAGACACGGGUGUGAUCCACGCUGUGAGGUCGUUUGAUUAUGAACAGUUUAGGAGUUUUAAAGUCCACGUGAUGGCCAGAGACAACGGUUCUCCUCCUCUCAGCAGCAACGUGACCGUGAGUGUGUUCAUCUCAGAUCUGAAUGACAACUCUCCUCAGAUCCUCUACCCUUCCCAAGAGGGCAACUCCUUCAUGACCGAGCUGGUCCCCAAAGCUGCACACGGAGGCUCUCUGGUGUCCAAAGUGAUCGCGGUGGACGCGGACUCCGGACAGAACGCCUGGCUGUCCUAUCAAAUAGUCAAAUCCACUGAUCCGGGACUUUUUACAAUUGGUGUCCACAGUGGAGAGAUCAGGACACAGCGGGACAUUUCUGAAUCUGACAGCAUGAAACAGAACCUUGUAGUGGCAGUGAAAGAUAACGGGCAGCCCUCUCUGUCUGCCACCUGUUCCAUGUAUUUACUUAUUUCUGAUAACUUGGCGGAGGUGCCAGAACUGAAAGACAUCUCUCAUAAUGAGAACAAUUCCAAACUGACCUUUUAUCUGAUCAUUGCGCUGGUGUCUGUGUCCACGUUUUUUCUGACUUUUAUCAUCAUCAUCCUGGGUUUGAGGUUUUGUCGUAGGAGAAAGCCCAGACUGUUGUUUGAUGGAGCAGUUGCCAUCCCCAGCGGUUAUCUUCCUCCUAAUUACACAGAUGUUGAUGGCACAGGAACUUUACGCAGCACUUACAAUUAUGACGCGUACCUAACCACAGGUUCAAGAACCAGUGACUUUAAGUUUGUGACAUCAUACAAUGACAACACGCUGCCUGCUGACCAGACUCUGAAGAAAAGUCCAUCAGACUUUGCUGAUGUUUUUGGAGAUUCUUUGGAGACUCUGGAGGUAGGAGGACAUGUUUUUGAACUAGGCUCUUGUGUUCAUGUCUUCCAGCCUUACUAA